AUGGCUCCAGUCACUGAGCAGGACUUCUUCGGCGGGGCGAUCCGCGGGGUUGUGCCGCAGCGCUGGAUUGAUGCAAGUAAUCUCCGCGAAAUCCCAGACCACCAAGAGCUUUUCCUCUCGCCAGACACGCUCUCAAACGUCAUCAUCGAGAUCAACCAGCGUGUCUCCCGAGAAGAUGCACUCACCACCUUGGCCAACUUCAGCCACCAGCAUCCAACGCUAGCCAUUGGCAGCGGCAGCGCACCUAGCGCCACAUCGGAGACCCUCGACCAAGCUGCAGCACUGUACCAUCUCAAUGAUCUUUGCGAUGAAGGUGAUGCCAUGCAGAUUAUCAUCCCGCCUACGCAGGUUACCCCAGCACGUCUAGGCGCAUCCGCACCCCCGGGCUCGUCAUUUAGCGCGUACAAGGGGGUGGUUGAAUUUUUGACUGCUCCCCGCCGGCGAGGCGGACGUAGCGCUGUUCCUACCAAUGGGACUUCUGCUUCCGUUACGGAUGCGGCUGUUGCAGGGGCCACGCUUGAUGGUGCAUCUGGGGCUCCGUCAACAUCUAAGCUGACCUGCCAUUAUCUACUUGUGCGGUUGGCAGCGCAAGCGACUGAUCUGCUAGUGUUCUUCAAUGUUCCCCAUGAGGAGUUUGAUAAGAACGGGGAUGUGCGGAGCUUGUCAAGGGAGGAGGCUGUGGCGGAGGAGACUGUGAGUGCGUUGGUGGAUCGGUUCGAGAUUCGGGAUUGGGGUCUUUUUGUUUAG